CUUUUUAUAUUUCUCUCUUUUUUUCCCUUUUUUCUUUUUCUUUCCCUCCCUUUUGUGUUUGUGUACGUGUGUGUGCGUGUAAAUAGAUGGCGUUUAAGGCAGCAGCAUUUGAACCCAAGGAUGCAAGAAUUGUAUCUGAACCAGAAUACGAAGACAUUGAAGAAGAAGAUGACGAAUUUAAAGAAAAGCGUAGAAAGAAGACUGGCACACAGGCCCUUGUCGAGUUUUUAAAUACGACAAGUCCAGAGGAAUUUUCAAAACCACCUGUGCCCACCAAGAGAUCCUCCUUUUUUGGAAGGCGUCGUAAAUCAAGUACUCCUUUAAAGAAAAAUUAUAUCGACAUUAUUUCGAACCCAUUUAAAAAAACGCCCAUGUUACCGCGUAGAGAAUCGUGUUACAGUAGUAGUAGUACAACUGCAGUUCGACAUUUGCAGUUAGUAUCGUCCAUUCUCUUGGAAGAUGAAAAGAGUACCCUGCAGGCCCUAGAUGAAGAAGAAAGCGAUGACGAUCAUGAUGUGAUAGAACGAGGUUUAAGGCAGAGACUGAAUAGAUAUAGAGUACUAGGUGCUGAUAAGCCAAGUGAUGUCGUGACCAAGGUCUUGACCCGUGAGCACAUCACAGCUCUUGAAAACAUGGUGAAACAGUGUCCCAAAAAUAAUAAGCAGGUCAAGGUAAGACAUGUGCAAGUACAAACGGUAGACUGUGAGUCAGACAAACAAGAAGAGCCCAAAGAAAACAGCAAAUAUACAAUAGAGGAACGCUACCACCAGAUGGAGCUUGAACUCAAGCAUGAACGACUUUUACGACAACGUUUACAGGCAACUCUUGAAGAAACAGUAGAUCAUUUCGAAGUACUCUCUGGAUUGGCUUAUAAAAAACUAAGAGAAGUGUGGGAAGAAAAAAUAAAGUGGGAAAAUGCAUGUAUGCAAAUCAAGGAAAGGUGUUGGCAGGACCAUCAGCAACAGAUCCUUGGUCAGCAUAUUUGUGACAAAAAUGGACAACAGGAUGACGCUUCUCUUAUUAUAGAAUAAAGUAAUUGGCUACAAUUCUUUUUUUUUUCUUUAGAAAUUUCUACUGUUUACAUUAUGACAUUGAAGAAUUAUGUAUCCGAACCAGGUAAGGGCGCCCAUGCGCGGCUUUAAUGAUGUUUAUAUGCGCACCCGACCAAUGACUGUGCGUUUACUAUUGUUGAGCAAGUUUGUCUGUGAUACUCAAUGUUACAAGCAUUUACUGUAACAAGGGAAAACUUUGUAUAAAGCUAACAAUAGGAGAGAUAAAAAAGAAGA